AUGUCGGAAGUCGAAGCAAGGCCUCCGCCCACACGCGGCAGAAGCUCCAUGAGAGGAGGUCGAGGUGGGUUUGGCAGAGGCGGACCGCGCGGCGGCAGAAAGCCCGUCAACGGCACAUCUACAGACGCGGCAGACGAUGUGCCUGCAGAUGAGCUACUCGAAGACCAGGGCGAGCUGGGCGAGAUGAAGAAAAAGUACGCUUCGGAGCUUGGCAUGCUGAAGGACAUGUUUCCCGACUGGACCGACGUCGACUUGGUCUUCGCCUUGCAAGAGACCGACGGUGAUGUAGCAGCCACCGUCGACAAGAUCACGCAAGGCAAUGUCUCACAGUUUUCCGAGGUGAAGAAGACGAAGGACCGCGCCCGCUCGAAAGCGAAGGAGGAGCCAGCCAUGGCAGGUGCGAGCGACAAAGCGCCUAUGCGUGGCGGUCGUGGAAGAGGCGGCUUUGAGGGCGUCCGUGGAGGUCGCGGCAGAGGCUCCGAUCGUGGUCGUGGUGGGUUGCGCGGUGGCAGGGGUGGUCACGCGACCACUAACGGCACUCAAAAGGAAGCCUCAACCGUAUCGGUACCGACCACAGAGUCAUCGGCGUGGGAUGCGCCGAACACGACCGAGACCGUGAACAGCGGGUGGGACACCGCAGCCGCAGACACAACGAAGGAGGUGGCCGCCGACGCCGGUCAGAGCUCGUGGGGUAACGUGGUGACCGCAGAGUCUACUCCCGCCGCCGCAUCCGAGGGCAUGAAGAGCAGUCUGAUACCGGAAGGCGGUCCAAAGAAAAGCUGGGCCAGCAUGUUCGCGCAGAGUAAGCCAGCGCCAGCGGCCAAGCCAGCCCAAACUGCGGGUCAGCCUCCACCGGCAGAAUUGGUAGCAUCAGGUGAAUCCGUGCCGACCCAAGCGGACGCAGUGGAAGAGCAGAACGAGCCCGAGCCCGAGCCGCUGCCACCCGCUCCGGCUAUCCAUGAGCCACUGGCCGACACCGCUUCUGAGGAGCCCACUCAUACGUCGGCCGGUAUUGCCGAUGGAGACGAGCUCAUUACCCCCUCUCAGGAUCCGUUGACGGAAGAAAACGUGGAGCAUCUGCCGGACACGUCGGUAGCUCCAGCAACACAAACUGCAGCAAGCACAGUCGGCUCGGUGGACACGCGCAAUGCUACGCCGCUAAGCGGUAGCCAGCCUGCUCCGAUUGGCAGUCGUCCACCCAUGGGCGGCUAUGCAGCGAGCGCUUACCGUGCUACUGGUGUAGCAGGCAGGAGUGCCAGCUUCCAAAAGCGUGUGCUAGAGCAGCAAGAGGCAGUCGUCAUGCCAGGCCAUAAUGCUGUGGAUAGGGCCGCAGUGCAAUUUGGCAGUAUGGGACUCAACGGCGAGCCGGGUCCAGACGUCGACGAAGAUCGGGAGGAACCAGAGACGCAGAAGAUGUUGCAGCACUCUCCGCCAGCCCAGCCACGGACUUCACUGCCGCCUGCUCCACGCCAAGCAAUGGAAACAGCAAGACCAGAAGGCUUGCCGACUCCGAAGCAGGCCCCAGGCUUACCUCCAGCAUCUCAGCACAACCAACAGCAGAUGCAGGAGGCAACUAUGGCGCCUGGCGUGACUCAAGACCAGGCCCAGAUGAACCCAAAUUACAACCAAUACGGCCGCUACGCUCAGCCAGGCAUGCAAGAGGAGUCCGGCGCACAGCAGCAGAAACCGUACGAUCCGUUUAGUCACCAAGGGCCACCUAGCUCAUACGACCAGUACGGCACUCAGCAGUCUCAACAACCUCAGCAGCAUCAGCCGCAACAGCAGAGCCACGGAGGCUUCGGCGGGCUAUCCUCUGCUUCAAACGACUACUCUCAGUACUACACUUCGAAUGACCAGCAGCGCCAGGCCUACAACCAGUACUAUGGCAGCAGCUACGGGCCCCAGGAUGCGAGGAGCCAGCUUGGACAGGGUCAGCAGGAUACUGGGAUGGCGCAGCAGCGCUCAUCGAGCGGCUUCGGUACCGGUCCAAAUGAAUCUGCUUACGCCGCCCAGGCACAGCAACAGGUAGGUUCUGCAAUGCUCCCUUAUUUGGAUUGUGAGCGGCAGCAACAGAAAGCGAACGUCAUGCUAGCGCCCACGGAUUUGAAGCUCAGCGACGAGCGGGCCACAGAACGUGUAGAGCUGGAUCACAAGUUGACCAGACUCUCCGCCUUUACUGCCACUCCUGAUGGACGCGCCGAGGGUGCUGCUAAAGCUCCUUCUGUGCCGUUGCACUUGCGUUGCGAGAAGCUUGCUACGCCAGAGCAGCUCCAAGCCGAAGCACCGCUCGUUCUGUUUUCGGACAUCACGAAUCGCCAGCAGCCUGCUUUGCUUACUUCACGUGCCCCCGUAGUAUGCUUAUCAUCUUCUAACACGUCUACUCAGCAGGUCCAGUCACGGUACGGUGACGCCCCUGGCUCCGGCCACAACACGCCGAACCCACUCAUGGGCGGUGCGCAGCAUCAGCAAGGCGGUCCGAAUGCUCAGCAAAUGUCUCAGCACUCAAUGCACCAGGCCCCCGGCAGCCAUCAGCAGCAAGGCAAUUACGGACACACUCCUGGCUACCCGUACGGUCACCACGGCUACAGCAGUCCGUACCCUCAAGCAUAUCAGCAGUACGUGAACUUCAACCACCAACUUGGCGGCGCUUACGGUGGCGGCAGCGGUGGUGGUGGCGGCAGCGGGAGCGGAAGUUACCAGGGCAAGCAAGGCGGUGGCAUGUAUGGCGCACCCGGCGGCUACGGAAUGGGCUCGCAAUCUUCCUUCGACCAGCACUCCUCUUCUCCUGCCAACGUUGCAGCUUUCAGCCAGAAUCAGCAGAGCUCAAUGCGAAGCGCGAGCGGUAUGGGCUCAGGUCUUGGUGGUGCUGGAAGCGGACUGGACGACUACGGCCGGUCCUCAGUUCAGGGCUCCGCUCACCAGAGUAGCGCUUUCGGCGGCAGUAGCAUCAAUGACCCAUUCGCACGUUCAGCCUCAGGCUUCGGUAGCCACCAGGGUGGUAGUGGAUACGGACAGCAGCAAGGCGGGAUAGGAGGGGGUGCAGGAUCAGUCGAGGACUCAUUGAAGCCGUACAAUGACUCGAAGAGCGGUCCUUCCCCGGCUCCAGGACGGCCUGGUUCGGCUGCUAACAGCGCGGCUGGCUCGACGCACUCUGGUUUACCGCCUUCGAUGCAAGGUCAUCAGUCGGCGGGCUUCGGAGGCUAUCCAGGCUUCCCGGGUCAAGGAGGCGGCAGCCAGUAUGGCGGCCUAGGCGGACUCGGCAGUCACCAGCAUCAGCAAGGACAGAGCACGGCCGGCAUGGGUGGCCAAGGCGGAUAUGGCGGGUACGGCGCAGGCGGUGGAUUCAGCCAGACCUACGGUGGUUACGGAUCGCGUGGAGGAUGGGGCUCGAAUUAUGGCGCUCACUGA